AUGGGAUAUCCUCGCUCUCAUACGCUCAUGCACAUCCGAGCGGCAGACCCGUCCGGUACACCGCCACUUACCACUCACAAUGAUACGCGUUCGAUCAUAGGGCCUAUCUUCAUCGGGCACAGUGUCAACUGGCUCCUCCUCGGCAUGUUGUUCUUUCAGCUCUAUCUGUACGAGAAAGGAAGGACGCGGACAGUGAACAAGUUUUGGUUGAGAUGCCUAGUGUACUCCAUCUUCGUCAUCGAUGUCGCGCAGACGGCUAUCUCCAGUCAAGCUCUAUGGCACUUUGCUAUCGAUAUAUGGGGAGACCCGGUUGCUCUUGUCACUGUUGUACCAUGGAGUGAGCCUUUGAUACCUGCUCUGAGCGGCCUGGUUGCUCUACUGGUCCAGCUGUUCUAUGCUUGGCGAAUUUGGGUCCUGCAGCGCUCGUUGUUCUCUCGGGUGAUGGCGAUCAUCAUCAUCUUGCUCUCGUUCAUGCAAUUCGGCGCAUCUCUGCACACGCCCGUCAUAAUCCUCAAAGCGCACCUGUCAUUCGCGGCUUUCGCCGACAUCCAAACCAGUGUCGAUAUCUGGUUGGCGACGUCCUUCACUGUAGACGUCUUAAUUGCUGGGAGCAUGAUUUGGCUGCUCUACCAGGCCCGGACACGGACUCUCUGGAUACAAUCGCAAUCGCUCUACGACAGGCUCAUCAUCAGCUCCGUGCAGACCGGGCUACUCACAGCUGUCACCGCCGGUGUCGACCUCGCUCUGUGGAAGAUCUAUCCGCAGGACAACUACUUCGUGGCUCCACCUCUCAUUUUGGGGAAAUUAUAUUCGAACAGCCUGUUUUCAACUCUCAACGGACGAGCGUUCUUCCAGGACAGUCCCUCGCUGCCUCGUAGUGAUCCACAUCACUUAGGUUCUGGCCGUUCGCCAUGGGCCGGUCGCUACCAAGCGAGCUCUGAUACUGGUGCUGGUCUGGAAGUCCGAGUCUUGCGCGAGCGCGAGCAGCAUCAGGAUGACCCGUCUAAAGGCGCGAAACCUCUUGGAAGGCAUUCUGAUCCUUUGGGUCGGGUCGGGCACGCUGUCGAGUGGAAGUCUGCUGUCGCCGUUGGAGACCCUCAUGACGACGAACGUGUCGUGGAGCUAUCCGAUCUGUCCAAGAAUCGUGCCGAUGACGAUAGCGUGCACAAAGCUUGA